GUCCAAUCUCACUUCCACCACUGGCCGGCCACCUGCCCGCCUGCCUACCUCUACCGCCUCCAGUGCCAGUGCCUCCCGUCACCACUUAACUUGACAUUACCCACUGUCAGCGAGUCGAGUCGCUCAUCAACCAAGCUAACCGUGCCUCCCACCUCUUUGCGCAGGUCCGGUUCUGAGGUCCCCGUCCCGUCUCCAUUCAUCGCUCGCUCGAGUCGACCACAGCCUCCUUCUCUCCAUCUCCACCCGCUGCUGCAACAGCGCCCAAAACGCAAGGAAGCAACCUCGAUACUGUACCAACCUGCUACUUGCUACUGCAAACCGCAUCCACCGCAUCCUCACCUCCACCAUUUCCAUCCGCCAUCCAUCUCCAACCAACUCGUCCCUCGUUGCCUUGCCUACCUACCUCUCUCUCUCUCAUCUUCCGAUAUAUCCUCUCCGAUUCCGACUUCGACCUCGUCUUCUCCGCUCCUGCUUCCUCCCCGCUCUUUCACUUCUCACCGUUCGCGCGCGCACCCGCCCGCCAAUAGAAGCUUCAUCACUCGAGAGCCUCUGCAUACCACCUUAGCGUAGUCGAGCUCCUGCCGAGGAGCUGUCGAGAGGAAUCAUGACGGUUGUCGCAACGAUCAAGUGCGUCGUCGUCGGCGAUGGUGCUGUUGGAAAGACUUGCCUUCUCAUCAGCUACACAACAAACAAGUUCCCCUCCGAAUAUGUUCCGACCGUCUUUGACAACUACGCCGUCACGGUAAUGAUUGGUGAUGAGCCAUACACUCUGGGUCUGUUCGAUACCGCCGGUCAAGAAGAUUACGACCGACUCCGACCUCUUUCAUAUCCCCAGACCGAUGUUUUCCUUGUCUGCUUCAGCGUCACCUCGCCUGCCUCGUUCGAAAACGUCCGCGAGAAGUGGUUCCCCGAGGUCCGCCACCACUGCCCUGGCGUCCCUUGCCUGAUUGUCGGUACCCAGGUGGAUUUGAGAGAUGACCCCAGCGUCCGGGACAAGCUGUCGAAGCAGAAGAUGGCCCCGGUGCGACGGGAGGACGGCGAGCGAAUGGCCAAGGAUCUGGGUGCGGUCAAGUACGUCGAAUGCAGCGCUCUGACUCAGUACAAGCUUAAGGACGUCUUUGAUGAGGCCAUUGUGGCGGCCCUUGAACCCCCCGUCCCCAAGAAGGCUGGCUCCAGGGGGCACAAGUGCCUUGUCCUAUAAACGGAUAGGCACGAGCCGCAGCCGCGCCACGACCAAAAACCAUUCCUCACCCUCCCCUGAAAAUGGUUGAUCAGCCAAGAAGGCCUCAUCAGGCAGUAGCGGGCAAAGAGUCCUCUGGCGUGGGUGCGGCAAGACUAGAUUGGGAUGACCCGAGCGAAUGGAACGGAAUGCAAUGGGAUCUCAUAAGAAAUGGUCAUCCUGUGUUUGAUAUGGAUCGGAUAACGGAACGAAGCUUGGGGAGCAGGCGUCUUGUUCCGUGACGAAGAGACGAUGGUUUUCGAGGGCGACGUAUGCGAUGGACUCUCCUAGGCCGCUGAGCGUGGCCAUAGUCUGCCGGAGACUCUAUGAUGAGCCAGCCCAGCCCCGUCAGCCUCUCUGAAGUUUCCUUGGACCGGGAUCUACAACGCUGUUUCUUCCUUGAUCCUCGCCCGAGGGUUUCUGAAGUAGGAGGAUGGACCAAAGGACGGAAACGAAACAGGGAGAGCGGACGGGAGACGAUUCAUACAUCCAGGUGGGAAUGCUUUGAUAGGACAGUUUGGCGAUUGGGGUGCAAUUUACAUCGAUGUCUUGUCUUGUUCGUCUUGCUUGACUUUAUAGAAAGUUUGUGUAUUUUUCUACUU